GUAUCCAAAAGCACAAGUGCCAAGCAUAACAAAAAUAAAAAACACGACUCUCUUCUAUCUUUAAUUCUUUAUGUCCACUGACCCUCUCCCCAAAAUCCCCCCAUUGUUUCUAAUUUCUUCACCAUAUCAGAGCUCUGAUCCUCUGCUCCGCCAUCCCCGUUGGAAUUAAAAUGGACGCAUCCCCGCCGAUCUUCCGCCUUCCACAGGACACUCUCCACCAGAUCUUCUCUAAUCUCCCGCUUCGGGAGAUCAUGAUCUCCCGAUCGGUAUGCAAAUUCUUUUACCAGAUUCUGACCUCGCCUUGCUUCGUAGACCUCAUCUCCACACAACCACCUCUCACCCUCCUUGCUCUCCGACCGCCUCACCACCACCAUCACCACCACCACCACCACCACCGCCACGUUUCGUGCCCUCACGAUCUCCAUGUGUUCGACCCCAACCCCAACAACAACAAGUGGCUCAGAUUCACCCUCGACUUCCUCCCCUUCCGGGCCCCACACCCGGUCGCGUCGUCUUUUGGACUCAUCUACCUCUGGGCCGACUCGGCCGAGUCACCCGAGUCGACCAAGUCACUCGUGGUUUGCAACCCCUUGACUCGCGAGUUUCGUGUCCUCCCCCAGCUAGGCUCGGCAUGGUCACGGCACGGCUCGGUCCUGGUUGACUCGGCCAACCAAGUCAUGGUUCUGACGGAACUCGCAGCCCUGUAUUUCUCCGGAACAGAGCAAAAAUGGCUCAAAUUUUCAUCGAAUUUACCUUCCAAACCACGAAGCCCGAUUUUAGUUUCGGAUUCCGUAUACGCGCUCUGCGACGUGGGGUCUCCAUGGAGAAGCCAAUGGAAGCUAUUCUCAUGCACGAUAUCGAAGAUGAAGAGUUGCCAGAGUUGGACUCGGCUCGAAAAGCACGAGUGGGGGGACGUGUUCGACAUCCUAAAACGACCGCGUUUGGUGAGGGGCAGCGGGAAGAGAAUCCUGAUGAUCGGGGGGCUAAAAUCGUCAUUCACUUUGAACGCGUCGUGCUCGACGAUCCUGAUACUGAGGUUGGAUCUGGAGAGCCUGGAGUGGGACGAGGCUGGGAGAAUGCCUGUGGAGAUGUUCAAGUGUUUUCAAGAGUCUAGCAAGUUUAAGGUAUUUGGUGGUGGUGAUGAUAAGGUCUUUUUCUCUGCCAAAAGGCUCCCCAAAUUGGCCAUGUGGGAUCGGUCUCUCGGUAAAGGGGACUGGCGUUGGAUUCACGACGUGCCGGGGACUGGAGAUGGCCUUUGUCGCGGUUUCGUGUUGGAGGCUAGGCUCACUCCUUUGCUUCCGCCUCAGGUUCGUAGUGUUAAUCAGUAAGAAUUUUGUUAUGCUAUGUAAUUGGCAUAUGAGAUUUGCCCCUGUUGUGUUUGUACCAUACCAUAAUUUACGAAUUCCACUAAUGGUUUUAUCCUUGCUAAUUGGACAGCAAGCUUGUUGUAUACUUUUACAUGAUUGGGGUAUUUGUUGUAAGGGAAAUGUUAACAAAUGUCCCGUGGGCGUGAACCAUUUUAUGAAAGUUUUUAUGGAAAAAGUGAAAAAGUAAUUAAUGUUUUUA